GGGUGUCCAAAUUUCUCCCCGCGCCACGGCUGCUAUUUUUAUUUUUCUGUUUUUUUCAGUUGGGUAUACAUUAACUGAGCUACAAUCACAGCAACUUUUAACUUCGCAAAUAAACAAAAUUUGUCUGUGCGGCCUAAUUUAUGAGGAAAUCUGAAUUGAUUGCAGUGAAGACUUGUUUAAAAACAUGAGAAAGUAAAACGAUCAGUUAUUAAGGUGUUGCAUAUUGGAUAUUGUAUCAGAAAUGAGAUAUCGGCACAUCUAAUCUCAUGAUUAUCGUGGGGCUUAAUUAUUCUUAAUUAUUAAUUAUUAAUUAAUUAUUAUUAUCAGCUUCUAUUCUUUAGCAGUUUUGACACAAAGAUAAUGAGUUAAGGUUUACUGGGUUGAGUUUGAGGUUUAGAUGGUUAAAGAUAGGAUUUAGGGUUUUAAGAGUUAGUGUUUAGGACUGAAAGAGGUUAAAGUUAAGGGGUGGAAUCUAAGGGUAAAAUGAAAGAAUCGUUUUAAAAAGUUAAUGUUAAAGAUUAGAGGUUAAGGGCCUAAAUUUAAACGUUGGGGUUUAAAGAGUUACUUUAGGGUUUAAAGGCUUGAAAGUAUUUAGAUACAUUAAUGUAAUAGUCCUGUACUGUAUUAAACCCCCAGCCAUGUGGACGUAGUGCAGGUUUUGUUUUUCGGGCGUCAGGACAAGGUCCAGGUGAGUUUCAGCGCUCAGUACAGACAGAGAGUAAUCAUUAAGUUGUUGAAAUGGACUGAACUCCUGUUUGUUUUUCCUCCUUUGGACCUCACUCUCUUUGUGUGUGUGUGAGGGUGCUAGAAAGGUGUGCUCUGAUUGGACAGUCCUGAGUUUGCCCCUAUUGGCUGAGCAUUGUUUCAAAAACACUGCCAGGAGCUCCUGGUGGUAACAAAAAAAAAACUUCAAUUUCUUCCAUCAUCCCAUAUCAGUCAGCAAAGGAAGUACAAGAUAAUUGGUUUCUUAUUCCGAGUGUUCCAUGUCAGAGAGUGACACCAUUUAAGGUGGUACGGAGUAUUUGACUAUUGGAGUGUUUGAAUAAGAAGCAGCUCAGGGACAGAAGUUUUAGGUUCUGUUUGUCUCUUUUUGGUUCCUUUUGGCCUAAAAUAAAAUGUUGUGUAUUAUUGUUAGAUCAGUUUCUCAGGGAGCAGAAAAUGCACAUUGAUUGAUUGAUUUGAUCAAUUGAUGAAAAUUUGGUUUUAUUUGUGCAGAGGGAUGAUCACCGUCGGAGGGGACAGUCUGACACUGGUCUGCAGAGUAGGAUGAGUCCUCUGCCGUGUAGAGAGAAAAGCCUGUGGUGAAUCUCGAAUAGCUCCCUAUUCUCUAUUAGGACUGGACCUGAAAAUACUGGACCGAAUAUUCAACUAUUCCGAUAUAUUGGGGGCUGUGCAGCUGUGUGUUUGUGAACAAUCGUCUGACCCUGUGACCCGGCUCUCCCCUCCCCGGCCUCCCUGACCCCACCCUGCGCCCCACACAAACCCACACACCCUUACACACUCACACACAAACACACACACACACACACCCUGCCCAGCAUGAACGAGGUUAGCGUGGUGAGAGAGGGCUGGCUCCAUAAGAGAGGUGAAUACAUAAAGACGUGGAGGCCUCGUUAUUUUAUCCUGAAGAGCGAUGGCUCGUUUAUCGGCUAUAAGGAAAAGCCUGAGAUGUCCGACCCCAGCCUGCCUCCGCUUAACAACUUCUCUGUAGCAGAAUGCCAGCUGAUGAAGACCGAGAGACCGCGGCCAAACACCUUCGUCAUUCGCUGCCUUCAGUGGACGACGGUCAUUGAACGCACCUUCCACGUGGAUACCAAUGCAGAGAGGGAAGAGUGGAUUAGGGCAAUUCAGGCUGUGGCCAAUGGGCUGAAGACUCGUGAAGAAGAGGAGCCAAUGGACAUCAACUUUGGUUCCCCAGGAGACAACAGCCUGGAGGGCAUGGAGAUGGCUAUAACCAAAUCCCGCACCAAAGUGACGAUGAGUGACUUUGACUACCUGAAGCUGUUGGGAAAAGGCACAUUUGGGAAGGUAAUUCUGGUGAGAGAAAAAGCCACCGGCAUGCAUUACGCCAUGAAGAUCCUACGCAAGGAGGUCAUCAUCGCCAAGGACGAGGUGGCGCAUACAGUGACAGAGAGCAGAGUUCUGCAGAACACGCGGCAUCCCUUCCUCACGACACUAAAGUAUGCCUUCCAGACACACGACCGCCUUUGUUUUGUGAUGGAGUAUGCAAAUGGUGGCGAGCUGUUCUUUCACUUGUCACGAGAGCGCGUGUUCACAGAGGACAGAGCGCGGUUUUACGGUGCUGAGAUCGUUUCCGCGCUGGAAUACCUGCACUCCAGAGACGUCGUAUACAGGGACCUUAAGCUGGAAAAUCUAAUGCUGGACAAAGACGGUCAUAUUAAAAUCACAGACUUCGGACUCUGUAAGGAGGGCAUCACCAACGAAGCCACGAUGAAGACGUUUUGUGGCACCCCAGAGUACUUGGCACCGGAGGUGCUGGAGGAUAACGAUUAUGGUCGUGCGGUGGAUUGGUGGGGUUUGGGUGUAGUGAUGUAUGAGAUGAUGUGUGGUCGGCUGCCCUUUUACAACCAGGACCAUGAGCGUCUGUUUGAGCUCAUCCUGAUGGAGGAGAUUCGCUUCCCCCGAAGCCUCUCGCCUGAUGCCAAGUCUCUGCUGGCUGGCUUGCUCAAGAAAGACCCCAAACAGAGGCUGGGAGGAAGUUCUGAUGAUGCCAAAGAAGUGAUGGGCCACAAGUUUUUUGUCUCGAUCACCUGGCAAGACGUGUUGCAGAAAAAGCUCAUCCCACCGUUCAAGCCUCAGGUGACUUCAGAAACUGACACGCGUUACUUUGAUGAAGAGUUCACUCUGCAGACCAUCACUGUCACACCUCCAGACCAGUAUGACAGUUUGGACGCUGAAGAUCCAGACACGCGCACGCACUUCCCCCAGUUCUCUUACUCUGCCAGCGUUCGGGAGUGAUGGACACCCCCCCCACACACACACGCGCACACACAUACCCUACCAGCAAACUGGACCCCCACCCCCCCCAUCACACACACGUACACACACACACUCGGACCAGCAGACCAGCCUGAUUAUUUUGGGAGUUUUACUGGCGACCAAACACACACGCACUGUUUCUGAUUGAUCCUCCAGCCUGCAGUCACACUACACCUGCUCUGCUGUAAUCAUUACUGUCAGGCGUUGCUAUGGUAACAGAACCAGCAGCACACGUGGAGUGAAACCCCUCUGGUGGACAUGCACCACUUUCUUUUCCUCUCUUUGAGAGAGAAAAUGUUAAACUUCUGAUUGUUAGUUUUCUUUUUCAAAAAAAAAAGGAAAAGAGAAAAGAACACAAAGCCAUAUCUCUGCGACUUUUACAAGUGCUCUUUCUGGAUCAAGCUGUUACCGGCAGUGUUCAGAACUGUCUCUGAAACAGGAGAGAGAGAACUGGGAGGUGGGGCAGGAACAUCACGCCUGCUGCUGAUGGAGGAGAGCCUUUGUUACGCCUGCUCGCUUCAUUCAGGCCUCAGUGUCGGUAUCGUAUCUGGAUAGAGAGCCGCAUAGCAGUGCGGGCGUAAAUGCUGUAGGGAAGAGUCUCUACUUUUCAAAUAGACAUAAGUUUAAAAAUGCCAUUUUUAAUUUGGAAUUUUUACAUUUGAAAUUAGCUUUUCUCUGUGGCUGAUUUUCUUGGAAAUUUUCUUAGAUUUUUUGGCUUAGAUGACCAAUGUAUACUUUUUCUGGCUUUAGAGUUGAACUCUUAAUACAAUCUGCCAGUUAUUUAUGGUUGUGAUGUCACAGCACUUGGAUGUUUGUUUGCUUCUUAUUAGUCGAAAUCAUCUUAACGCAGUUCACAAGUUCUUAUUAUCAAAGUUUUUGAUAACACUUUAAAGACUAAUAAAAAUUGCAGCUCUUGCGAUUUGAAAAUUGCAGUAGAUAUGAAAAUGAGUAGUCUUUCAGCCCUACUUUUCUCUAGUGUUACACAUUCUUAUAAGAACCGUGAACCCUCUUCUCCACCAGAAGGCAGUGCAGAGCCUGUGUCCCACCUUGUCUAAUGAGUGCACAGUAAGACUACUGCAGCCAUCUAAGGCAAACAGGAUUCAACGAAAUCAAACUUUUAGCCUUGUUCAGUGAAUUUGUCAGGUUUAGUAUCAGUGAGCUAACUUGGUUUACUGGUACAAGGUGGAAUAUGAUGUGACGAGGUUGGUCUUGUUGACAGACGAUGAGAAUCUGUUUAUCUCAGACUUCAGAUGAUCAGAAACCAGAUUUGACUAAAAUCCCCUAAAAAGAUCCCAAAAUAGAUUUAAAGCACUUCGAGACACAAAUGUUAUGAAAGUCUCUCUGAGCUGCAUCCAACAACCAAAACUCCUCCCAGUGCUGUGACUCCUCCCCCAGCUGUUCUGCAGUUGUUUAAGACUCUGCCCACUGAACCGCCUCCAAUUCAGCCCAAGCUCGUUAAAAUAAAGGUCCAGUUCGGUUGAAGUUCACCGCGUCUUUAUUCACCUCCUCACUAUAAUGCGUCACAUUUUAAUGCUUGUUGUGGUGCAGCAUUACUAAUAUAGAGGGGUAAUUAUUCUAAAAAGCUAUUGUCUUAUGAAGCCACUGUGGAUGUUAAUGAUGUGCAAUAAUAAUGAGUUGCAAAGUUUGCCAUCUUUUUAAUAGAACAGGAAAAAUAAACAGCACCACAUUUAA